AUGAAUAUGUUGGAUGAUGAAGAUGACCAAAGCUUUCACGCUACGCGUGACGGCUACUCCCAUUUGAGCGAUGUCGAAUGGGAUGCGGUUGAAUGGAUGGGUUCAACCAUGGGCAUCCAUGCUGUUAGCGUCAUGCUAGAGGCUCUCAAUAGAGAUGCCCAACAUGCUACUAUCGCCAAGUUCAUUCAAAAUGAACUUGACUUUGAACGCGAGAAAGUAGCCUUGCUUCACCAACAAGGUUCUCAACAAGCAGAGUUGUUGAGAGAACAGGGUGCUCAACAGUUUGAACUGUUGAGACAGCAGCAGGCUGCUGCUGGCGGGUCGAUGCACUCGCGUCGAUCCGAGACUUUGAAGAUUGACAUCUCAAAGUAUAGGGGGGUCGAAGAGGACUCCCUCUUGAGAUGGCUCGUCGAAUUGGAUGACGCCAUAAGGGCGCGUCGCAUCGACGACGGGGAUAUGCAAGUUGCAUUUGCCCAGUCAAAUCUGGCAGGACGUGCCAAGACUUGGGCACUGGGGCUCAAGUUGCACAACCCAUAUGCGUUUGGGUCGUUGGAAGUCUUCAAGUCGCGGCUCAGACAAACGUUUGAACCGCCUAGAGCUGAGUUCAGGGCUCGAACCGACCUCUUGAAGCUCAAACAUGGUAAGCGUGAUGUGCACGCUUACGCGCAACAUAUACGACAUCUCACGAGUGGUAUAAGCUCCAACCCGGUUGAUGAACACACGUUGGUUUCGGUGUUCAUGCAGGGUCUUGCGGAUGGUCCCGUCAAGACUCACCUGUUCCGACUUGACCUAGAUUCACUAGAACAAGCCAUUUCCAUUGCGGAUCAGGAAGACUUCAGUCUGAGACAGGCUCGCGCCAGCUCGACAACAUAUCGUCAACCGAGACGAUAUGACAGCGGAGGUCCAGAGCCGAUGGAACUCUGUCAUGUAGAGAGCGAGAAGGCUCGCUCUACAGACUACAAGAAGUUGCAGAAAUGCAACAGAUGUCAAAAGACAGGACACUACACUUACGAGUGCAGUGCCCCUCGUCCAGUGUCUCGCGACACUGGGCGUAGUGACCGUCCACCCAUGAGAAAGGGACAGGGACGAGGGUCCGCAGUUGGUGCAAAGACGCAACAACGGGAUGGACCGUCAAAAAACGGACAGGAUCAGUAG